AUAAAAAACACAACUCUUGCAAAGCAAAGAAAUCUGUUUUGUUGUCAAACGGAAGUCAUCGAAACUCAAUUCCUUAAUUUCUCAGACAUGAACAAGAAACACGCAACUCUUUUCAAGAUCCUCUUAGCUCUCUUUGCUUUAAAUUCCAUCACACUUUACCUUUACUUCUCCUCCAGCCACCACCACCACGACAACCGCCGUGACACCACCGCUGAGGGUUUCCCCGCUAUAAUCCCACACCGUGGACCUCAUCUCUCAAAGCCCUGGCCGAUCAUCCCAUCCUAUCUCCCUUGGUCUUUGACCUCAAACGUACCUUCGAAGUCAUGUGAAGCUUAUUUUGGGACUGGGUUCACAAAGUCAGCCAAUGUUUUGCCGGCAAAAGCCGCCGUGAGAUCCGGGUCAAGCUGGUUCAGGUGCCAUUACUCGUGGACUUUAAGGAGUUCGAUUUGUGAAGGUGGGAAGAUAAGGAUGGAUCCCGGUAAGAUUAAGAUGUCGAGAGGAGGUGAAAAGCUGGAGGAUGUUAUUGGUAGAACUGAAGAUGAAGAGAUGCCUGAGUUUGAAGAUGGAGCUUUUGAGGUCGAAGCUGAAGGAAGAGGAUCCAGGUCAAAGACCAAGAAGCUUGUCGGGGAGGAGUUUUUGAACGAGUUCUUGCCUGUUGGGAAUGUUAUGAAACAUACUAUGAGGGAAUUGGUGAGGUCAAUUGUUGUUGUGGGUGAAACUGAUUUCACUUGCCAAGAGUGGGUAGAGGAGCCUACACUUCUGAUAACAAGAUUCGAGUAUGCAAACCUUUUCCACACUGUGACGGAUUGGUACAGCGCUUAUGUGUCCUCUAGGGUUACUGGUUUGCCGAAUCGGCCGCAUUUGGUCUUUGUGGAUGGUCAUUGUGAGACACAAUUAGAAGAAACAUGGAAAGCAUUGUUUUCAAGCCUUAGAUAUGCGAAAAACUUUAGUGGUCCGGUCUGUUUCCGCCAUGCUGUUUUAUCACCAUUAGGAUACGAGACUGCAUUGUUUAAAGGGCUUAGCGAAGACAUAGAUUGUCAAGGUGCUUCUGCACAUGAUCUAUGGCAAAGCCCCGAUGACAAAAAAACUGCUCGGUUAUCUGAGUUUGGAGAAAUGAUCAGAGACUCUUUUGGAUUUCCUGUAAACAGACAUCAUUCUGAUAAGACAGUCUCGGGUCAUUAUAACAUCCUCUUUGUCCGUCGAGAAGAUUAUUUAGCCCAUCCACGCCAUCGAGGUAAAGUUGAAUCAAGACUAAGCAAUGAACAAGAAGUGUUUGAUUCACUACAGAAAUGGGCAUCUGAUCAUCAGGAAUGCAAAGUAAACCUUGUCAACGGGUUAUUUGCGCACAUGUCCAUGAAGGAACAGGUCAGAGCCAUUCAGGAUGCUUCGGUUAUUAUCGGUGCUCAUGGUGCUGGUCUAACACAUAUAGUGUCUGCAACGCCGAACACCGUGAUUCUCGAAAUUAUUAGCAGCUUUUUCAGACGGCCUCACUUUCAAUUGAUCGCCCAAUGGAAAGGAUUGGAAUAUCAUGCCAUUAACCUUGAUGGAUCGUAUGCCAAUCCAGGAGUUGUCAUCGAUCGGCUUAACAAGAUAAUGAGGAGUCUCGGGUGCUAAGAAAUUAUUCUUUUUUCCAGAUUUUAUUUCCAAUCCAGCACUUAGGGAAGAAACAUAGAAGAGAUUGUUUUCCUUUCAACAGACUGUUUUCAUAGCCAAGUUAACUGAAAAGAAUGUUCUAUAGGAACAGCAGAAAGGAGACGGUGAAACCAUUCCGGUUGGUAAUUGAUUUCGGCAUUGUUCAUCUGUUGGUAGAUGGAAAAUUUUUGGGUCUGAUAGGUCAUCUUUGAAAUGUAACAUUACACAUUAUUUGUUUUCUAACAUCUUAAUCUGUGAAUGAGAUGGGAUAUUGAAGAUUAUUGUAUUAUAACACUCCUGAUGUAUCUUGCAAUGAAUUCAGGAUGAAAUUCUGGAUUUCUUA